AUGGACAAGGACCUCGAAACCCGGAAAGACCCCGCGGCGCUCAUUGCCACCGCGUCAAUUGACGACAUCAAUGCCGAAGCGCGGGCGGCUGCUGACCGUGAGCACAAACUCUCCUUUUGGGAGGCUGUCAAGCUCUACCCGAUGGCUGUUGGAUGGUCCCUCUUCUUUUCGAUCGGUGUUAUCAUGUGUGCGUUUGACCCACAGCUCCUGGGCCAGCUGUAUGCCACUUCAGCGUUCCAACGUGACUUUGGCUAUCUGUAUAAUGGAAAAUACAUCGUUUCAGCGCCGUGGCAGACCGGCUUGAGCAUGGGUUCCCCCAUCGGACAAGUGGUUGGUGCAUUUUGUGCGGCUUAUCCGCUGGAAUGGUUCGGGCGCAAGAAGACCUUUGGCGCAUGCGUCCUCCUUACCACGGGCUUCGUCUUCAUUCAAUUCUUUGCUCGGUCACUACCCGUGCUGUUGGCAGGCGAACUGCUUGGUGGUCUGGUGCUGGGGAGCUACGCGGUCAUUGCGCCCGCAUACGCCUCGGAAGUGUGCCCGUUGGCGCUGCGAGGAGUGCUCACGUCGUGCACAAACAUAUGCUUCGUCACGGGACAGCUCAUCGCCAACGGGGUCAUUGCUGGAACCCACAAGAUUGACAGCCAUUGGGCGUACAGUGCGCCGUUUGCGGUUCAAUGGCUUUGGCCACUUGUCAUCCUGGUUGGCCUGCCAUUUGCGCCUGAGAGUCCGUGGUGGUUACAGAGACAAGGACGCAUCGAGGAGGCGGAGAAGUCUCUCAAGCGCCUGGCUUCACGCGGUGUCGAUGUCCGGCCCACCCUCGCCAUGAUCAUCGAGACCGACCGGCUCGAACGCGAGAUCGAAGCUGGUUCCACCUAUGUCGACUGUUUCAAGAAGAUCAACCUCCGUCGCACGGAAAUCGCUGUUGGGGUCUACACCAUCCAGGUACUUUCGGGCAUUUAUCUCGUUGGCUACGCGACCUACUUCUUCACUCUGGCGGGCCUCCCGGACGACCAAGCCUUCAACAUGGGCGUGGGCUUCCUCGCCCUCGGUUUCCUUGGCACGUGCUUCUCCUGGGUCCUGUUGAUAUACUUUGGUCGGCGGAGGAUCUACAAUACAGGCCUUGCGCUGCUGGCCGUCCUCCAGUUUAUCAUCGCCAUUCUGGACUGUGCACCCAAUUACGACAACAGGCCAGGCAUCAAAUGGGCGGAAAGCGUGCUGAUGCUGAUCUGGAAUUUCAUCUACGACCUGUCGAUCGGGCCCGUGUGCUUCGUGUUGCUGUGCGAAGUGUCUGCGACUCGAGUCCGCGGGAAGACGAUCGCAAUUGCCACGGCCGUUCAAGCUACGGCCGGAAUCGUCAUGACGGUCGCCAUCCCGUACAUGAUCAACCCCGACCAGGCCAACAUGCGAGGCAAGCUUGGGUUCUUUUUCGGUGGACUCGCUGCCUUGUGCUUGCUUUGGUCGUACUUCCGUGUGCCUGAACUGAAAGGAAGGACUUAUCAGGAAGUGGACAUCAUGUUCGAGCGGAACGUCAAGACCAGGGACUUCAAGCACUAUGUGGUCAUGGAGUGA